AUGGGAACCGAAGUGCGAAGGUUUAAACAGAAGGACAUCAUCAAUCUCUAUGCACAAGAGGUUGCCAUUCCUAAUAGUGAAGUUGAGAAGGAAAUUUCAUAUUUAAGAGAGGAAAUUGAUUCUCUGAAAAAGAAGAGGCAGAGUGAUGGUGGUAGCUCAAAGAGACAGAAAGUGGCUGAGCACUCAUAUGAAGUCGCAAAUCUGGAGCCAUCUACCCCAGCAACAAUAAAUUUUAGCUUACAGAGAGUAAUUGCGAGUACCUUGAAUUGA